CACGGUUAUGUUGCCGGUGUUUUUUUAUCUUGCUUUCACUAAGCGUUUGCAGGCCACGUUUCCUACAAUCAUACAAAUCAAGACUUUCCUUUGCAUCUCGCUCAGUGUUUUACGAAAUAAAAUUGUUUUAGCGGUCCGUAAGAAUGCCGACACUAACUAACCUGCCAAAUGACGCCGUCGAAGAAGAUAGUAAAUUGCUGCCUCUUCAGUCAAAUGUAAAGGAUGACGAUGCAGCGCAGAAUACGGUUACCCUGACGAUCGACCUGCCCAAAUCAUCCACCUCCGUCAGUCAGCCAGCCAAGGCCUACGAGCUGACCAACGUCAUCGCGGCCGUGGAGUUCGCUCCCGGAACGUAUUGGGCCUGCAGCCGCGAAGGCUUACUGAUGCUGUUCGGUACGGUGCUGAUUGUGAUCGGCAGUUGUUUGCUGCUUCGCAGUCUGUUUGUCAUCGUCUUCAUGGCGGAAAUGGUCGUCGGCGGCACGAUGCUGUUCUUUGGAGUCUGCGCAUACUUUUGGACAGCCGCCUGCGCGGCUCCGGUGACGCAGUUGCAGCAGGCGCAGCCUAUACGUGUGUUGCAAGAGCACCUGCAAUCCAUCUUGAAAAGUCCGCCCCAAAUAACAUGGUCCAUGCAGUGCUACCACGAAGACGACGCCCAACUGACCGUCACUUACACCGCAGCCAACCACCCGCAAGUAGCCAAGAACAAGAUCAUCACCUGGUCCGGAACCCAGUCCUUCGCCUUCAAAUCCUGGCAGGAUGUGUCGCACCCCGUGCAAUUGGCGCGCCUUGGCUCAUUCCAAGCGCUGACCUUUCAUAAAUCUUUCGUCUUUGCUGAUGAAGCGACAAGAGCGGCGUUCACCGCACAAAAAGAGGCUUUCAUCAACGCCAACAAGCACCGGGAUAAGCUGUUCACCGUGGAGGAAACAUUUGAAGUGGCCGGGUUUAAGGAGACCAUGCUGGCUGAUGCAGGAGGAUGCAGCGGCAGUCUGUGCGUGUAUGUCAUGAUGGCGUUGCUGCUGCUGGCCUAUCCGUGGUCCUGUCUUGUGAAAUCAGGAGAACGGCGGGUGGACUACCGUCUGGUGAAGAUGCUGUCCACCACUCAUGACCGCAUUAAAAUUGCGCCGGUGAUAAUACCGGUUAUUGAAGAGUACGUGGGAGAAACCGAAGAUUACUGAAUUGAAUUUGCUAUCCAAUCUCCCAGCUCAUUCAUAGAAACAGAAGUCAUAGAAACAGUUUAUGGUGUCUGUGGCAUGUGCACAGUGUAUUAAUUAUUCCUGUUUUGCUGUUAUCCAACAUCAGUGAUUGUCCGAAGUUUUACUUUUUGGAGAGUAGGGCUUUUCUGGUAUACACCCAGAUAUGUACCGGUGAGAUGUUGCGUUGGAUCAGAAUUAUUAUGAAUUAUUGUGAAUUUGAGUUUCUGAUUACUGUCUGUGGUGAAAUCUCUUUGCAGAAUAUGUGGAUCCGGCACCUUCUCAGUAUUUAUGCGCUGGUUUUGAUAUGGUUCGGACAAACCGAAUAAUGCUCUCUGGUUAAGUUAUUU